AUGUCUGCUACUACUGAAGCCCGUCUGCGAGUUGCAAUCUGCGGUGGCGGUAUCGGCGGACUCGCUCUUGCCUGCGCCCUGUCCAAGGUCACAGACAUCACCGUCGAUGUAUAUGAAGCCGCAUCCGAGUUUCAAGAGAUCGGCGCUGGUGUCAUGCUGCGACCUCGCAACCUGCGUUUCCUCACCGAGCUUGGGCUCAUGAACGAGAUAGCUGCUAUCAACGGCCGGUCCAGCGAGAAGAGAGAAAGCGCGGAGCCUGCCAUGGCGUAUUACAGGGCAUAA